UUCUGUUUUUCCUUGCACAGCUUUUCGUUGAACGAGUGUAAUGCUUUCCCCACUAGUGACCAGUUAAUCGUUAGAAAAGCGUUGUGUUUUGCGAAUAAUAGUCAGUAGUAGCCGGUAAACGGCACAGCUUUCCUCUUCAGAUUGACCAUCUGAAAUAGACCAUGGAUUUCCAACAUAGAGCAGGAGGAAAGACAGGGUCUGGAGGAGUAGCCUCGGCCUCUGAGUCAAACAGAGAUAGAAGAGAAAGGCUACGUCAGUUAGCUUUAGAGACAAUUGACUUGAACAAGGAUCCGUAUUUUAUGAAGAAUCAUUUGGGAUCAUACGAAUGUAAACUCUGUCUGACGUUACAUAACAAUGAGGGCAGUUACUUAGCUCAUACCCAGGGAAAAAAGCAUCAGGCUAAUUUAGCUCGCAGAGCAGCAAAAGAAGCUAAGGAAGCACCCCAACAGCCUGCACCAGAAAAGCCAAGAGUUGACAUUAAAAAAUUUGUGAAAAUUGGUCGUCCUGGUUAUAAAGUGACAAAACAGAGAGAUUCAGAAAAUCAUCAGCAGAGCUUACUUUUUCAGAUUGACUACCCAGAAAUUGUGGAAGGCAUCAUGCCACGUCACAGAUUUAUGGCAGCUUAUGAACAGAAGGUGGAGCCACCAGACAGGAAGUGGCAGUAUUUGUUGUUUGCAGCAGAACCUUACGAAACAAUAGCUUUUAAGGUUCCAAGCAGGGAAGUUGACAAAGACUCUAAGAAACUAUGGACCCAUUGGAACAAGGAAACAAAACAGUUUUUCCUUCAGUUUGCCUUUAAGGGAGACGGCAAGAUUCCAGUUCCAGCACCACCGCCUGGACAACAACAGCCACCACCUCCACCAGCAAAUGUGCCACAACUGCCACUUCCUCCAAGGCCACACAGGAUGCCUAUGCCACCAAGACCUCCUCCGCCACCUGGAGUAAUGAUGAGACCUGGACCUCCACCCCCUAUGCCACCACCACCUGGAGCAUUUAUGGGUCCACCAGGAGGGAUGCAUCAUGGACCUCCUUUGGGCAUGCCGGCACCACCACCCCCUCCUGUGCCCCCACCUGUUCCACCACCUGUGUCAUCUCAUCAUGGAGGUCCUGGACCAAUUGCCCCUCCCCCUCCUCCUCCUCCUUCAAAACCUCCAGAAUCAUCAUAGUGACAUGAACAAAAACAUUCAAGAGAGUUGCUUCUACAUGUAUAAUGAAAAAUGUUAUCAAAUAAAAUCAUGUAUUACAUUCAAA